AUGAGCGGGUUAAUAGACGUUUCUGAAAGUCUCACAAGAGUUUAUUCUGAUUUACAAGUGCCAGACUUGAAGGAGCUGAAAGAUGUAUUGAGUAAUGGGUUAAAAAAGGCUUUUGAAGGUGUUAAAGUAGAGGUAACUCAAUGUCCAGGUAGGUUGCUUUUGAUUUUCUAGACGAAAAGUAAAAAUUGUUUUAAGAUAGAAAACAAUUUAGUGUUUUACAUUAUUAGGUUGUUCAUAUAAUUUUUAACUUUAGUGUUUAAGUGUUUUACGUUUAGUGUAUCUUACUUUACUUUCCUUUGUUUACUAAUCUUAAUUUGCAUGUAACAAUACAUAUCUUAUGUUCUAGACUUGACCACAGCUCCUUACAAAUUAGAAGGCAGGGGUUUAUCACCAGAUCUUCGAAUUUUGAAUUGUGGAGGCAAUCACAACUUUUUUCCAAAGUUUCAACGACAAAAACAGUUUAACCUAAAGGUAAAAAUGCGUGAAUAAAAUAGGGUUUAGGUAUCUGAAAAUCAAUCCAAAAGUAUAAUAUAUAUUAAAAAAAUGGUUCUGCGGAUACUUUGAAAAAAGUUGUGAUCAAAAGCAUGAGGUACACUACCUCUUUCUGCCCAUGUUAAUAUAAUUCUCCAAAAGCUUCAAAAAAGAUUUUAAAAGCAAGGAAAUAUGAUAAAAACUUAUUACAGCUGUAACAUACAAAGAAUUUUCUUUUCAGAAACUAGCAAGGCUUGCUGAACUGCCUAAUGGCUGGGCUUUUGGACCAGGAGCAGCUCCUCGAGAAGCUAUCGGAAAGAACGCUGAACUUGUCAUCAAUGCUAAUCUUGGGACCAAUAAAGUGGGUUUUUUGAACGUAUUUUACAAUGAAUUUUAUGAAAAGUAUAGGAACUUACAAAAGUUUUAAAAAAACAACGGAAAACAUCUACUCUACCCAUAUUCUACCCUACCGUGCCCUAUCCUGUAUAGUAAAAACAAGUUUGCAUCAGUUCAUAUUUAUAUUAGGUGAUUUAAAUGAUUCUGAGCUUCCUAAACCCAGAAACUUUGCUUUGAGGGCACAGAAUUAUUUGAACUAUCUAAUACAUUUGUUGGUAAACUUGAUUCCUUUUGAAACUUUUGAUUUUAGAUAAAUUGUCAUCACGGAAUGACAACUUCUGAUGACAGUGGCUAUGUGGAAGGUACCCAUACUGAUCUGUGCUUUAAAAUGUUUGCCAAUGUUGCUCUAUGUUCCAAUGAAGCUGGUCAUAACGUUUGUAAGUGUUUUUAUUAUCAACUUACAAGGAAAAUACUUAACCUGUUUUGCUCAGGGUCAACUCAAAAUUUUUAUAUGUACUCUUUUUGUCACCAAUAGUACCCACAAAAAAUUUUAGGUCAAGCUGACAAGGAAGGUACCCGACCUGCAACGCUCAGAUUUAGUUCAAAUUUUUUCUAUUGAAAGAGCAUGUAAAUGUAAGACCUUAUGUAAAAUCCUAAGUUGCGGUUUGCGGCCAGUCUUGAGAAAAUCGAGAUUAAAAAAUCGCGUUUUGAAUUUCCCGCCAACUUGGCAUAGUGCUGCAAGCUUUUAACUUCGUCUUUUUUUGCCUUUUAACUAUUUUUCUUUAACAUAAGAAUAAAAAAGCUUCAAAUGAACCUGCAAUUUAAAUUUGUAAGCCUAUCUUAUCUUUAAAGGUUUUUUAUUGAACAUCAAAAAAAGUGCUUGCAACACAAUGCCAAAUUUGCCAAAUUAGGAGGAAAAUUUAAAUAUAUUAAUUUUAAAACUUAGAACCGCAAGCUAAGAUUUGUUAUGUGUGCUAAUGGUACUACAAAGAAUCCGUGGGGUACUUUCCUUGUGAGUUUUAAAAUUUAAAUAUUUGAGUUUUCCGCCAAUUUGAUAAAUUUGGCAUUGUGUCUCAACGUUAAAGUAAAACUUAAACUAUUGUUUUAGUAAAAGUGUACGCCAAAAAACGACUGGUCGAUGGCAGCUUUACUCAAAUCAUUCAACGUAUACUUGCUGAACAUUACCCAUCAGAUCGUAUGUUAUGUUUGGCUGGGGUAUGGCAGUUUGUGAGUGGAAGAGGACGCUUUCAUGUCAUGCCUGAUUAUCCGGAGAAAGACUUUGAUAAUGUUACUGAUGUAAGGAUUGACUUCUGCUUUUUUGUCAUCAACUGUAGAAAUUAUUAUCAUAUAUAGUAGGUUGCUCAAAUACUUUAGUGCUCUCUUUCAAACUAAUUUUUUGGGAAGAGGGGCUCAGCAUUAUUUGAACAAGCUAAUGUUUUAUCAACUGUAAAAUGUUAUUAGAUAUAGAAGCCAUACAUAUUCAGAUAGCAUCAAAAUGGCUGAAAUAUUUUGAAUUUCCUGCUCCAAUGAUCAUGACUACGGUAAUUCACAAUACUGUACUUGACAUGGAAUUACCGACCGAACAUACACAUGGGUUCAGUGGUAGAGGAUAUUGUGGACACUAUCACGGUGAUGUGACUCCAGAUGAAGCUGAAUAUGAAGGUUACUUCAUACCAGCUGUUAAGGCUUACAAGUUUGAUUGA